GACAUUAGUUUUAUGCGGCAUAAAAGACUCGACUUCUUUUCCAAUGCCUCCCUCAUUCAUUGCUACCCAAUCAAAUGCCGCAUUAAAACGUACCUGCCCCCUCUCACUCUCAUGACAAAGCGCAUUUUUCCUGUACAGCUGCUGUUUGAGCCGAUGGUCCUUAGUGUGAUGUACGUGUGGUGCCAGAUGAACCGGGAGGCAGUCGUCCAGUUUUGGUUCGGCACCCAAUUCAAGGCAAUCUACUUUCCAUGGGCUCUUGUAGUCUUCAAUAUCAUCAUUCGCGGCAGUGCUCUGAUGGAGCUCGUCGGCAUCUUUGUCGGCCAUGUCUACUACUUCUUUGCUCAUCAGUAUCCGCAAGAGUUCGGUGGUCCCCAAAUCCUCAAAACACCUGGAUUCCUGUGA